GGUAAAUUCGUUCGACAUUGACUGUGUGCGACCUCUAUAUUUCAGCUGCUUCUCAGCAAACAAAAGAACAACAAAAACGGGGGAUAGGUGAGAGAUGGCGCUCAGGUGGGCGGACCUUUCCCUUAGACACAUCAGAUCUCUUUUCGCUCUCGUUGUGCAAACAUCAUGUCGGAUCCCGAACAGUCAAGCGAUUCUAGCUCAAAUUCUAGUAGUUCAGGCUCCGACUCAUCAAGAAGAGGAGGCGUAAAGAAAUUUCGUCUCUCAAGUGAAAAGUCAGCUAGUUUGGCCGACUGGGUCGUAUCGGGUUUAGAUGACACUCGAGCGAAAAGUGCUAGAGAGGCCUUUAGACCCAAACUAAAGAAGAACGCCGACCUGCUGAUCAACCCCAAUCUAGAUGAUGCAUUCUACAUCCGGCUGAAGGCAGUUAAGUCAUCUUCGGCAGCCAAGGUCAACAUCGACCCAAUCGAGAAAAUCUACAGGAACCAAACCUUCAAGAUCCUUGACUUAGUCAAGCCCAUCAUGUUUCUAGCAAGUCGGCUCAAGAAAAAGAAGAAAUCCCGAGCCGACGCCAAGGCGGUCAAAACAGCUCUGAAGCUCUGGGCGGUGGUGUACCACGACAUCACGAACGCGCGACGCCGCAACAUUCUGGCCCAAAUCUACCCGCAGAAUAUUGGACUGCUAGACGACAAAGCUGUCCUGCCAACGGGUGGAGAACACCUCUUCGGUCCGAAGUUCACCCAGGCCCUGGUCGAGCAAGUGAAAACUCUGAACGCUCUCGAAAACGCGGGAGCCCCUCGCGCGCCCGGAUCUAAAGGUGGUCAUGAUCAACGCCAAUCGAAUCGCGAUUUCAGCCACCCCCCUUCAUCUUCAGGCGGUCGCUAUUCCAAUUUUAAAGGAUCUCGAUACAACAAUGAUAGCCGCAGAUCCAAUUUCGACCGUGGCUCACCCAAUCCCGCCAAUAAAGGCGAUCAGAACAACAACAACAAAUAGGCCAUUUGAACCAUGGAUCACCUUACACAUUUUCCGUUAAGCCAGAUCCACAGUUUGUUUUUGCUUCCAAUUCUGAUGUGUCUAAGGGAAAGGUCCGCCCACCUGAGCGCCAUCUCUCACCUAUCCCCCGUUUUUGUUGUUCUUUUGUUUGCUGAGAAGCAGCUGAAAUAUAGAGGUCGCACACAGUCAAUGUCUUCACUCCAUUCCCCCAACAAUCCAAAUUGCUCAUCGCGAGCUAAAGCUCGCUCGAACAAUUUACAAAUUAAAGUGAUAGUUUGUAGGAAGUGAAGUGUUCAUAUCGCGUAGGAGUGCGGUUUUCUUUUAAGUUGGUCGAUCACAUUAGGUUUCCAGGCCUUUACAAUUUUAGUUGUUGUAGCUACUUCUCUGCUGAUGUGAUGUGCUCAUUAUCAAUGCAGUUUGAUUAUCAAUCAGAAUCGGCGAAUAGCAAAAAACCAAAAACUGGAAGUCACUGUUACAUUAGUCAGUUCAGUGAGGUUAAGAAAUAUGGAUAAUCUCAUAUGGCAUCGUUAAUUAAUGACCUAUAGAUAACAUUGUGUAGCGGCAGUUAGUGUCAGUGGUUUCACUGGUUUGUGCAAAAGGAACGAUUUUGCCUAGUGGUGCUUUAACGUGUCUUUGUGGUAACUGCUUCAAACUUUAAAUACCCUGUUCGACUUGAUAAGUGUGAACACAGUCUGGUGUGAAUGAGCGUCGUAUUUUUCAAGUUACAAAUAUUUGCACCCACGCAAAGUGAAAGAGACAAUCGUUGAAAUUAAUUGAAUUCGUGUUAUCGACAACUUUGAGAAAAAUGGCAACUGGCGGAGAGGAUCCAUGGCCAACAACUGGGAGUCAUGGACAUUACUUUCUUAAGAAGAAUUUUCAUAAGCCCUCCUAUUGUCACCAUUGUUCAGAUUUGGUGUGGGGACUUCUCGGACAGGGAUACGUAUGUGAAGUUUGCAAUUUCGUCGUGCACGAUCGCUGCCUUAAGGGAGUUGUAUCACCGUGUAUCCACAUCGCCACGGCACUUAUCGAGACACCGGUUGCACAUUUCUGGGCAGAAUCCAAUCAUCACAGCCAAAAGCGUCGAUUUUGUAACGUCUGUCGUAAACGUUUGGACGAUACCUAUUCUUUCCGAUGUGAAGUUUGUGACUAUCAUGUGCACGCUGAAUGUCAAGACGGAGCAUUGCCAAAUUGCCGACAAGCUUCUACAUACACUCCUGGAUGGACAUUGGAAGAGAUUCGACCAACGCAUUAUUGGCGUGAAGGAAACUUACCCACCGGAGCAAAAUGCAUACUUUGCCGUAAAUCUUGUUGGAGCGCUGAAUGCCUGGCCGGAUGGAAAUGUGAAUGGUGUGGCUUGGCGGUGCAUUCUAUGUGCUACAAAUCUGUCAAUCCAGAAUGCAACUAUGGAAUCCUUGCACCAAGUCUUUUGCCACCACACGCCGUCAGUAAUAAUUGUCAUACAGUUGCACUGGAAACACUGAUAGGUUCACAACCAAGGAGGAGGGAGACCGCAUCCCCUCGCAGUAUUUCAGAAGAUUUUUCGAGUGGAGGAGGUGGCGAAGCCGCUACUAAAUCAUUCCGAGAAACUGAUGACAAUUACUGUCAAAGCAGAGAGCGAGAUCGAUCUAGAGAACGUGAUGACCGAGACGAAGAAUUAAUUAAAGUUUAUGACGGGAUUGCUUCAUUCCGUCAUCAUAGCUACAAACUGAUUUCAGUUCCUAGACACACUAGCGUGGAACAACUAGUAGCUGCUGCAAUGUGGGCAUUUCAUCUGACGGGCGAUCCUGGGGAUUAUUAUCUAACAGACCUGUGUGGAAAUUCUGAAAAAGAAGUUGAAGAUCCAUAUCCAAUUCCUUUGUUAACGCGAGUUGAUGGAAGAAAACCAGCGUUAUUACUUCGUUUUAGGGAGUCUACCGAUUCUGGUUGGGUUCGCGUUCACGCUGGAAGACUGCAAGUUUCAGAAUCCCCUAAGCUUGUACCCGUGAGUAGUGGUACCAGCGCUGCUAGUCUACUCAGUGAAUCACUGCCAUUGUUUGGAUUGGAAUCAGCAAAUCCAGAUGAUUUUUCGGUUACUGAAAUAAUUAUGCAUAAAGGAGUUUCGGAACGAGUUCUCGGUAGAGAAGAAAUUCCAUGGGAGUCGCUUAAGCAGAUUGGUCGUGAAUCCCUUCGGCAAAUGCAGCGCACUCGAUUCUACCUUCAACCUAAGGAAGUUCCGUGUGGCGAAAAUUUGGCUGUGUUCGUAAGCAAUUUACCAUUUAAUCUCUCUCAGCGUCAGUAUGAAAAGAUUCUACUUGAUAUUCUUGGAAAAGAAAACAAAUAUUCUUUGAUUGGGCCCAUAUAUUACGAGUAUGGUUCGAUGGUUUUAACAUACCAGAAAUUUGACGAUGCCAUCCAGGCUUGCUACACCUUAAAAGAUGCGAUUUAUGAGGAGCGAAAUUUAUCAGCUGCUCUUUUGCCAAAUAUAAUACCUCAAUUGAUUCCUCCCGAAGUUCAACCUCUUUUAGUCUUCGUAAACGUAAAAUCAGGAGGCUGUCAAGGCCUUGAACUUGUGACGAGCUUUCGCAAGCUCUUAAACCCAUAUCAAGUUUACGAUCUUGACAUUGGUGGCCCAUUACCAGGCCUCUAUGUUUUCCGCCACGUGAAAGAUUACCGUAUUCUGGUCUGCGGAGGUGACGGCACUAUAGGUUGGGUUUUACAAUGUCUAGAUAAUGUUGGUCAGGACAGUGAAUGUUCUUCGCCCCCUUGUGCCAUUGUUCCUCUUGGCACUGGAAAUGAUUUGGCCCGCGUAUUACGUUGGGGAUCAGGUUAUACUGGGGGAGAAGAUCCAUUAAACCUUCUACGGGAUGUAAUUGACGCCGAGGAAAUCCGACUUGAUAGAUGGACAGUUGUUUUCCAUCCUUCAGACGAGAAAUUAUCUGAAGACUGUAAGAAUAGUUGUGGAACAAGUGGUGUUAUGUCCACUUCGACAGCUAUAUCAAAUGAAGAUAAUACCCAAAUAUUUGUUAUGAAUAAUUAUUUCGGCAUUGGGAUCGAUGCUGAUCUUUGCUUAGAUUUCCAUAAUGCCAGAGAAGAAAAUCCAAAUAAGUUCAAUAGUCGAUUACACAACAAAGGUGUCUACGUAAAGAUGGGAAUACGCAAGAUGAUGGGGCGAAAAAUGUGCAAAGAUAUGCAUAAGGAAAUUCGGUUAGAAGUGGAUGGAAAAAUGGUUGAAUUACCUCCUGUCGAAGGAAUAAUUAUUCUAAACAUAUUGAGUUGGGGAUCUGGCGCUAACCCGUGGGGGUUUGAGCGUGAUGACCAAUUCUCCAUGCCUAAUCACUGGGAUGGUAUGCUUGAAGUAGUAGGGGUUACUGGUGUUCUUCAUUUGGGCCAAAUUCAAUCGGGAUUACGAUCAGCUAUUAGAAUUGCACAGGGUGGGCAUAUUAGAAUACGAAUGAACAGUGAGUUACCUAUUCAAGUUGAUGGUGAGCCAUGGAUUCAGUGUGCUGGUGAAAUAGUUGUUCUGAAAUCUGCAUUGAAGGCUACUAUGUUAAAGAAGAAAAAAGGGAACAACCCAUCUAACAGUGGUGGCAGUAGCGGUAACCAUACCAGUGGAAGUAGUAAAGCUCGUUUUCCAGCAUCAAUUCAAGCAAAAACAGACUUAGAUAACUGUGGAUUUGACGAUUCUCAAAAUGCUGAAGGGUGUAGCAACAAAACGCAGAUCUAUUCAACAACCGUCUAAAAAAAUUUGAAAAUCAAUUCAAUUUGCAAAACAAUUUUAGUCCAUUACUUCAGAAUGUUCGAAUUUAUUUGACACGCAGACUUCAGUAUAGAUUCGGAAUUUUGAGUGAGUGGAUUAAUCCCGAGAUGUUUAUGAACUCUUUCCGAAAUAUCCUAACUUCUACAACAAGAUUUUCUACGUUGCUACAAUAAUACUUCUCAAUUUCUUUUCAAAUUUUUAUGUUAAAAGUUUAUUUUAAAAAUAGUUUUUUGUGCUACUUUUAUGUUGGCCUAUUUUCAUAUAGUUCUGCGUCCACUAAAAUUCUCGUAAUUAUGUUUCAUUUGCUUAUUUAGACGCAAAUUCUGAAUCUCGUCAUUCCAUUCCCAAUUUUAUCAUAUAAAACUAUCAGUCAAGCUGUCGUAAGUAAAUCGAGGAAUAAUGUUAUAAGACUUUGAAACUUAAAUCAGCAACCAUCUCUAGAAAAUAAUAUUCCUCUUGAGAACUUCCUACAUUUUAGAUGAAUUAAUUUCACUUAAUUCGUUUAAUUAGAUCACAUAUAUAUACAUCAAAGUAUAUAUGUAUCUGCUAUGCAGGAAUUUAAUUGAAUUAAAGAAAAAGAAUGUGUUUAGAAGCCAAAAAUAUUUGGAUGCAUGAUAUGGCUAGCUGGAAUACCAAAUUUAUAAUACAUACAUUUAUUAAACAUAAUAAUCUAGUCAAGAACGUUAAAUGAAAGCUAAGUUUUACUGCUAAAAACUAAGUAAAUUUUGAAGUUCAUGGGUAUUUAUUUUAAAUCUAUUAUUCACAAAUGGCACAUUUUAAAUGUUUUAUGUCUUUUCUAUGUAUGUCUUAGAUAUAUACUUUGAUUUGGCCCA